GCCGGUCACGUGGGCGGUGCCGAGCACGCGCCCGCGCGAAGGGCUGCCUUUCUUUUUUUUCCCCUCCCUUCCGCUGACGGACCUUACAAGUCAGGUUGCCUUAGAAUCGCUGGGCGCGCGCCGACAGUUAAGCGAUGCCCUCGGCCACCAGCAGCGCGAUGGCGAGCAGCGGCAGCAGCGGCGGCAAAACCGGGAACGAGGCGGCGUCGGCGGCGCCUUCGGCAACGGCAGCCGCGGCAACGGUAGCUGCUGGGGCGGCUCCAUCCCAAGCGGCGUCGGUUCCGGGUGGCAGCACGAGUUCGGUGCAGACCGAGGCCAUGAAGCAGAUUCUGGGCGUCAUCGACAAGAAGUUGCGCAACCUCGAGAAGAAAAAGGGCAAACUUGAUGAUUAUCAGGAUCGAAUGAACAAAGGAGAACGCCUUAACCAAGACCAGUUGGAUGCUGUGUCCAAGCACCAAGAAGUCAGUAAUAACCUGGAAUUUGCUAAGGAACUGCAGAGGAGUUUCAUGGCCCUGAGCCAGGAUAUUCAAAAAACAAUAAAGAAGACAGCUCGACGGGAACAGCUAAUGAGAGAAGAAGCUGAGCAAAAACGUUUAAAAACAGUACUUGAAUUGCAGUUUAUUUUGGACAAAUUGGGUGAUGAUGAAGUGCGAAAUGACCUAAAGCAAGGAACAAAUGGAGUGCCGGUAUUAACAGAGACGGAACUGUCAACACUAGAUGAAUUUUACAAGCUAGUUGAACCUGAACGGGACAUGAAUGUGAGGUUGAGUGAACAGUAUGAACAGGCAUCGAUUCAUCUGUGGGACUUACUGGAAGGGAAGGAAAAGCCUGUAUGUGGAACAACCUAUAAAGCCCUAAGAGAAGUUAUUGAACGUAUUCUUCAAACAAGUUACUUUGACACUCACAACCAGCAGAAUGGAUUAUGUGAAGAAGAGGAGACGGUGUCUGCACCUACAGUUGAAGAUGCUGUUGCAGAAACUGAGCCAGAACCAACGGAAGAAUACACUGAACCCAGUGAAGUUGAAUCAACAGAGUAUGUAAACAGACAGUUCAUGGCAGAGACUCAGUUCAGCAGUAGUGAGAAGGAACAGGUAGAUGAGUGGACAGUUGAAACUGUUGAGGUGGUAAAUUCGCUCCAGCAACAGCCACAGGCUACAUCUCCUCCAGUUCCAGAUGCCCAUACGCUUACUGCUGUGGCUCAAGCAGAUCCUCUUGUUAGGAGACAACGAGUACAGGACCUUAUGGCACAAAUGCAAGGCCCCUACAACUUCAUGCAGGACUCCAUGUUGGAAUUUGAGAAUCAGGCCCUCGACCCUGCUAUUGUUUCAGCUCAGCCUAUGAAUGCAGCACAAAACUUGGAUAUACCCCAGAUGGUUUGCCCUUCAGUUCAUACUGAAUCGAGGCUUGCGCAGUCCACCCAGGUUCCUGUCCAACCUGAAGCCACACAGGUCCCCUUGGUUUCUUCCACAAGUGAGGGAUAUACAGCAUCCCAGCCCAUGUAUCAGCCUUCUCAUUCAACAGAACAACGGCCUCAGAAAGAAUCAAUUGACCAGAUUCAGGCUUCAAUAACCUUAAGUGCAGAUCAGACACCAACAUCAUCACCUCUUCCAGCUGCAUCCCAGCCUCAGGUAUUUCAGGCUGCCUCUAGCAAACCUUUGCAUAGCAGCGGAAUCAAUGUUAAUGCAGCUCCAUUCCAGUCCAUGCAGACAGUAUUUAACAUGAAUGCACCUGUUCCCCCUGUCAAUGAGCCAGAAACUUUAAAGCAACAAAAUCAGUACCAGACCAGUUACAGCCAGCCUUUCUCCAAUCAACCUCACCAAGUAGAGCAAUCGGAACUUCAGCAAGAACAGCAGCUUCAGACAGUGGUUGGCACCUACCAUGGUUCCCCGGACCAGUCCCAUCAAGUGGCAGGUAACCACCAGCAGCCUCCACAACAGAAUACUGGGUUCCCACGUAACAGUCAGCCUUAUUAUAACAGCCGAGGAGUGUCUCGUGGUGGAUCACGCGGCACUCGAGGCUUAAUGAAUGGAUACAGGGGACCAGCCAAUGGGUUUAGAGGAGGUUAUGAUGGCUACCGCCCUUCAUUUUCCAACACUCCAAAUAGUGGUUACACACAGGCACAAUUCAGUGCUCCUCGCGACUAUUCCACCUACCAGCGGGAUGGAUAUCAACAGAAUUUCAAGCGUGGCUCUGGACAAAGUGGUCCUCGGGGAGCCCCUCGAGGUCGUGGAGGGCCCCCAAGACCCAACAGAGGGAUGCCUCAAAUGAAUGCUCAGCAAGUGAAUUAAACUAAUUCACAGGAUUACAUUUAAACGCCAAAAACACACUGGCCAGUGUACCAUACAUGUUCCAGAAGAGCUAUCUCUUGGUUCUCCUUUAUAGGAAGUUCAUAGUAAAGGGAUUAUUUUCAUUGCCCAUAAAGACAAGACUACAGUUGUCAGCUUUAUACCUGGAUAUGGAAAGAAACGACGUUUACUCUGCAUGUUCUAUCCUAAGCAUCAUCUUGAGCCUUGCACAUGAGAUCCAGAAUUUUUACCCUUGCUCUGAUUAAAAGCAAAAAUGGCAGUUUUAGGGUUAUGAAAAUCUCCAUAGUUAACUGAACAGGCAGAAAUAACCCCACUGACUCCGUUGACAUUAUAUAGUGCUGCAGCAAAUUCGGAUAAAAAUAUCUAAAUCCCUAAAUGUUUUACUCAGAAAAUUGGUGUAUUUAAACUUUUACAUGAAAGGAAGAUGGAAGAAGCGAAUUGUGGUUUGACAGAGCAACUGCAUUUCAGCUUUUUCUGUUAGACUGAAGCACUGAACAUCUGUGAUGCAUAAUAAAUGAUGCCUAUACCCCAACUAAUAAGCUGAUGGACAGCUUAGGGCACACCCUUAGUUACAGCAUUUUUUUUUAUUAGGCCUGACUUGCUGUGGCAAAGGGAUGCAUUAAUUGUUUUGUGUAGCUGUUGAUAUAAUUGUGUAAACCCAGAAUUAGGCUUUGAUUGGCACUUUAAAUUUUUCUGUAAGAAAUAGAAGAUGUAAUCUGAAUGGCCACAUUUGUUUGCAAUGUGAAGUGUUAAAGAAUUCUCUCCUGAACACAUUUCUGGGAUAGCAAUGACAUUUGUAAGGAUUGGUAUUCUUAUCUUUCCUUAUUUUUUCCCCUCGUCUGCCACUGAUACUUGAUCUUGCUGUAUUAUUGCCCAAAUAACUGAUGCCGGUACUGAUGGGAAUUAAUGGAUAUUCAUAACACUUUUGGUUACAUUAUUUCUAUUUUGCAGCCUGAAGGUUUUAAGAAAUCUCAAAUCCCUGCUGCUGCCCUUUUAAAUUGCUCUCUUUUGAAAAGCACCAGUAUGUGUUUGGAUCGGUUUCCCCUUUAAGGGAAAUUACAGCCAGCAGUUACAGAUUUAAGCAAGAUAAAUAAAACAUGUUUAUAAAAAAAUGUAUUCUUUAACGUAUCUUAAGUGACUACUGCAAAUGUAAUAGGGAAACAGAAACUUCAGAAGCACAUUCCCAGAACUUUAAAUGUUAACGUUCAAAGAUAUUCAGAAAGUUAGUUAGGUGUAUUAUCUUCUGUGGAGUCUUGAAACUUAUUUUCUGAUGAGAUGCAGUCAUCUCUCUCUCCCUCCCUCUCCCUUUCUCUCUUUCUCUUUCUCUGCCCCCCCCAAUUGAAGACUGUUGAAGCUGAUCAUUCAAGCCAUCUCAUGAGCUGUACAUAAAAGUUUGAGCAGGUAGUGAGAAUUGUAUUCAUGGCACCAGUUGAAUGUAGCAAUCCAGCCCAUGGAAUCCACUGAACAAGAGUUUCUGAAUUAUUUGGGAAUAUAUUUGCAGAAGGCUGAUUCUGUGUGCACAGUGCCCUUUUUGUAUUGGUGCUGAUCCCCUUUUAAGACUGUUUUUGUUUCAUGGAUAUAGUUAAUUGAACUGAAAAAGAGAAUAGAUUUUAAAAAUCUGAUUGGCAAGUAGUGGUUUCUUCUUAAAUUACUUAGCAUCUGUGCCCACCUCCAUUUAUCUAGAAAGGAGAAAGACUUCAGCUAUCACCAUGAGAAUUACCUGCUUUCAUCUUUGAGGUUGCCCUAGGUUGCAAUUACUAAGUACUUACAAGUAGCAUUUUUGCAUUUCUAAAAAGUGACCCCCAUCCAUUUUAUACAGCUAAGCAAGUCUUCUAACAGGUUGGUACAGUAUCUGAAGCCAAAGGUUCAGAUUUAGGAACUAAAUAGGCAGAAAUUUGUGGUGUGAUUAUACACACAACCACACACCCAAUUUUUGUCUAGAAAAGCUGUGCAAGUAUGAAUUAUGCAAAUAGCAUGCUUUGUGGUUAUUUUACACAAUUUUUUGCAAGCUUUGGCUGUAAGGAGCCAUGCAGCACAAUCAAGCCAUACAUUCUGAAUACUUUGGAAAUACUGCUAACCUCCCUCUUUGGCUUCUGAGAUUUUACCCAACUAUUUUUGUACUUUCAGGGCCAAUAUUGUAGCUAUAAAGGCCAGAAUCCCUUGCUGUAUUUAAAAACAAAACACAGCACUAAGAUUCUCAUUCAAUGUUACGGAAUAAUUCAGAGAAGAUUGGGAAAACCAAUUUGAGGAAUAUUUGUUGACUGUUUUACUUCUGCCAACUUUUCAGUGUUUUAUCUCUUCUAUAUUUGAAUAUAAUCAAACUAAAGUACACUUCUUAAAGUUGAGCUCUACUCUUCUAAAUAUUAUCGAUUCCUUAUGUUCUUCAUAUUGACUCAACAUGAUCAGAAGGCAUUGGGUUGUAUCUAUUUUGUUUGCCGAAGGGACAUCACCGUAAUGGACACUUCCGCUGAAGGAAGGGAAACAGAAUUUUCAUUUCCCCUUUCCUUAAUUGUUACCUUCCAUUCUGUUCCAAAGGGUCAUCCAAGCCUCUGGAGCAGAUUUGCAGGGUGCAUAGGAGGCUGCUGGGCAUGAAGAGGAAUAACCAAAACCAUCACUUCCCCAUUGUCCAUUGAAGUGUACAAUUAAUAGAGUUCCACUUCUGGAUGCAACCCCUGAGUUGGAGACCAACGUGGUGAUGUUUUGACUUCACUGGUGGUAGUCUUUAUGAUCACUGGAUCUUAAAUGAUUAUAUUGAAUUAGGAAAUUGUCAUCCACCUUCAUAGCUUGGAAAAAAGUGAAGUACUAUUUAAUAGAGGCCUAUUUGUGAUAGAAAAGCUACAGUUCAAACAACUUAGGAGCAGUAUUAGAUGUAUUUAUUUGCCUUAUUUAGAUCAUCACUUUGUAUGUUAGAAUCCUGUCUUCUUCCGUGACCAGCCAUCAAAAAGACAUGAGAUAGCGCUUCUCCCGAGAGAGACAGAUGCCAACCAUAGUGUUUUCCUCCAAUUAUUUUUCAGGAUCCAAAAGUUCAGUUAUGAUCUUCAGACUCUUAACUAAUAUAUUGAUACAAUAAUACACUUGUUAAUUCCUUUUUAAUUUGGCAAAACUACUGCCCUUCACAACAGUCUCUAGUAAUGAGAUCUACAGGUGUUUUGUGAAUUGUUUUAAGAAAGGUGUGUCUGUUUGUGGUGCCCAUUCUAGAGUUACUGCUUUAUCAUCAAAAUAGAAUUUCCGUGUUCAGUCUUCAUGAUCGGUUCACUGUUCAUCUACAUCCUCCUAGACCUUUCUCACAAGUCAAAAUGAAAAGUAGUAGUUUGAGUCCCUCCUAUUACUUUUUCUGCAUCUGAAUGGUGUUAAAAGUGGGGCAAACAGUUUAACAGAAAUCAAAUACAUAUUGAAGGCAAUGUAGGAGUUAUAUUUGCAUAUGAGACUAAGGAAAAGUGCUCAUGUGUAAGAUCUGUAGACAUUAAGUGAAUGGAACUGUUUUGUCUGCCUUGGUGUUUUCGCGCCUUGUUUUUUAACUGCAGUACCUUUAAGCUGAUGACUUUAUUAAAAAACAAUGACAUUUAGAAUCAAACACUCUGGAUGUAUAUUUUUAAAAAAUUCCACUGCAGCCUACAUUCCUAAACUUCAGUGUAUGUUAAAAUACCACUGGUGUUAAAAAAAAACUUUCAAAGCUUUGCCCUGCAUCUUUCUCUGGUAUUCUACUUUUUGUUAAAUACCACCAGUACAUUCAAAUGUGUGUUGGGUCAUUCCUGUUUCUAUUGCCACUUAACAGAAAUUACAUUUUAAAACCUUGCCUGCCUUUUCUGUGAUUUCGGUGUUGCCAUUGUAAUGUUCUUCAUCUCUUUUCACCCACACAAAGUUUACUGUUGCAAUCAGCUUAGCAUUCUUUUAAUUAAUGUACAAUCUUCCUUUUUAAAAAUUACACACUUCAUUUGGAUAGGAAGAGGUGCUUACAGUAGUACAUUAAAAGUAUAGCAAGUUGCCCCUCUUGUGACUGUUGCCUAAUGUGACUAUUAAAUUGCAUGUUGUGUUAGAAUUGUUCAAAGCCAAGCUUGUAAUAAUAUAUCUAUGCAAAUAUUGUGAAUUUUAAAAAUUAGAAAAUUGAGGGUAGUGAUUAAUUUGGACGUUCCUGGAAGAAAUUGAAAUUAGUGCCUAUGCAGCUGUAUUCUGCACUUUUGACUGCAGAUCAGAUUGGUGAACCAUUGCCUUUUACUGCUCCAGCCCAAUGAGGCAUUUAUUUUGUAGUUCUUGUAUGGGAAAAGCGUGAGAACUGGGAUUUUCAUUAAAACAAUGUAAUUUAAAUUA